CUGGCUAUAGACUCGAUUACCAGUGGAUCAACAUUCGACCUCUAACUUUUUUUGGUUUUCUUCUGAUGACGUUAGAAUGGUUCAUGGACUUGGUUCCUGGUUGGCAACAACAACUGUGACGAAGCAGUGGGAACAGCAACAACAAUACCAUCGGCGAAAGGGUAAGUGCCAUUCGAAUGACAACCAAAAAAGGAUGCAGUUGUGGACCAGAAGGUUAGGGAAAAAGAGAAUCAAGUUCACAGAUUUAUCUCCAGAAAUGAUAAACCACAUUGUGAGAUUUUUCAUAUUCACUUUGGUUAUCAUCAAAGUUGAAGGAAUAAAGAACUCUGAUUCCGCUACACCAGCAUGUGGAAGUGUUACAGGCUGCCUUGUUUGGCCUCCUAAUUGUUCUUCACUGAAUUGCAAAGUUGUUUUGGAAUUUUUCCAUGAAAAUCAGUCAAAAUUCAUUAAUAUAAUGAUGUCAGUCAAAUCAAGUGACUGGGUUGCAUUUGGCUACAACAUGAGUCCUAGAAUGAUGGGAGGGACAGUAGGACAAAUCUGCAUGAAAAGACAGUCAAAAGAGCCAAUUUUAAAGUCAUUUGAAAAUGAAGGAACCGAUUUCAAUAUGAAGGAGCUGGCCGGACAAAUCAAACCAUAUCCAACUGUUACAUCAAAUGUUAAUGGAUGGCUCAUUUGUCGGUUUAAAACGCCUUUACAAGGGGCGUCUCUUCCUGAUCUGACAAAACCUUGGUAUAUCAUUGCAUCUUGGGGGGAAACAAAAAUGAAAGGAUCUAAGAUCCAUGCUAAGGAACAUGGUACAGGCGACUAUUUUUGGACUUCUUCAAAAGUAAUUGUGACGGAGAAACACAGUUUUCGUGUUUCGACAUUUGGAUGGGGCCUUAUCGCUGCUCAUGGUUCCUUAAUGGUGCUAGCUUGGAUUGGAUUUGCUUUUUCUGGUAUCUUUUUUGCUCGGUAUAUGAGAGGUUCUUUGCAGGGAAAGAAGGUCUGCGGAAUGAAUUGGUGGUUUCAGUUCCAUAGAAUCGCCAUGUUCUGCAGCACAGUGUUGGUCAUAAUUGCAUUUAUCAUAAUUCUGGUCGAGGCGAAAGGAUGGAACACCGAAAUGGAUGCUCAUCCAAUUCUUGGCAUUAUCACCAUAAUUUUGGUCGUUUUACAGACAGCGGCAGGAAUGCUGAGGCCUGCAGUCAACUCCUCAAGGAGAUAUAUGUUUAAUAUUUUCCAUCGGUUAAAUGGAGCUGUCACAUACAUAUUGGCAAUGGUGACAAUUUUUCUUGGUUUGGCUGCAAUGGAGGUUGAUUUUGCUGUGUUAAUUCUCUAUUUGGUCAUUAUUCUUAUUGCUUUUGUUGGGUUUGGAGGCUACCAGUUCUACAAAUCAAGAAUAGUAACUGAAGUUCCCUACCAAGAAAGUGAGCUUGAUUCACAUGAUGGGAGCAACGCAAGUGAUGAUUUGCCAUCUUCAGCAAUAAUGAGCUCAAAGGAGCUUUUUAUCUUCAAAAUUUCUGGAGGAAUGGUGGUUGCUUUGGGGUUUGGAAUUGCAUUAGUUCUUAUAUCUUUAAUUGGACACAAAGGUUAUGUUUAUGCAAAGAAACAGCAUGUGUGACUCUCAGAGGUACAAGAUGGAAUCUUUAAGAUUCUCCCAAACAUUUAUUCCUUGAAAUUUGUUGUGCCAGUAUAAAAUACUGAAAACGCCACAGCAUUAUUUGAAACUUUAAGCUUUAAAAUGGUGUGUAGUUGUAGAUUACACAUACAUGCAAGAUUGAAACAAUGUUUUUUUCUGAGCUGCUUAAUGUGAUGAUAAUCAGUUUUGUAAAAACUGUUUUGUAGGUUUAUCUCAAAUAUCAAACUCAAAAUUUAGAGUAGACCAUUAUCGCUUGUAAAUAUAAAUAACUAGUUUUUUAGUGAUCAUAAUGCUAAAAGCAUGAAAGAGCCUGUUAUGGGCAGAUUAUUGGUUGGGAAUGUGGUUAUUUGCAAGGGGAGAGACAUCAGAAACCAUCAUUUAGGGCUGGCGGCUACAAAAUAUGCCUCAAUUAGCUUGCACUUUCACUGACUUCUCAGUGCUUUUCACCUCGUGAUCUACAAAUGUGCUGUGUGAUAUUGGCAGGUGUAGUGUUGGAAUUUACCUAAUCAUUCAGAGUUAUUUGUUCUUACAAUUUAAUUUUGUUUUGUAUGAGUUUUACACAAGUAAAUAAUAUAUAUAGAUAUAUAUCAUAUUUUCUUGAUUAUCUCAAAUUUUAGCACUAGCAAUUUCAUCUGUUUAGUAGUUAAACUAAAUUGCUGGUAUGCAAAUGAGACAGUUUUUGUAAA